GUUGAAUCUCCCAGCUAGGAAUCGUGGCGGAUACCGUAAGCCGGCAGCUCCGGUACUUUACAGUCAACCGGGUCCGAGUUUUAAAUCUAAUCGCACAAUGGGAACUGCCUUUGCCUCAAAACGAAAUGGCUCAAUGUCUGCAAUGUGCGCGCAGACCAAAAUCCCGGAAUUCAUCGAGCGCGCCGACCGUAAAUGCAAAGGUUGGAUACAUUUCGUAGGCGUCGGAGGUUGUGGAUUGUCUGCUCUUGCAAUGCUUGCUUUGAAACAAGGUUUUGAGGUUAGUGGUUCUGAUAUUAAAUGGAGCAGCUAUAUGGAUCCAUUACAUGAAGCCGGAGCCCGUUUGUACAUAGGUCAUUCUGAAUUUAAUUUGCUAAGAAAUGAUGGUUCGAGUUUGCCAGAUGCGGUUGUUGUAUCAAGUGCCAUCCCUGUAGACAAUGUGGAGAUUUUGCAUGCCAAGGCUAGAAGAGUUCCAGUAUAUAAACGAGGUGCGUGGUUGGGAAAGAUAACAGAGGGUCACAACCUCAUUGCUGUAAGUGGGAGCCAUGGAAAGAGUACCACAGCUAGUAUGCUUGCUUAUCUCUUGCAUGCAAUGGGAGAUGACAUUACUGCUGUAGUUGGGGCUAAGGUGCCACAGUUUGAUGGGGGAAACAUCAUCUAUGGUACCGGCAACAAUUUUGUUUUGGAGGCUGAUGAGUAUGACUAUUGUUUCCUGGGAUUAAGACCUCAUAUAGCUGUUGUUACUAAUGUGGAUUGGGAACAUGUGGAUAUCUUUCAAAAUGAGGAGGAAGUUAGAGCAACUUUCCGGCGAUUUGUCCAGCAAAUAAGGGAUGGUGGGCAUCUCAUUUUAUGUGGAGAUAGCUGUGCAGGUGCAUAUAUUUCUUUGUGCAGCCGUGGAAAAGCAGAUACUGAACCACAUAUUUCAAAUGAGUUUGAAACAUUUCCAAGUUCAGAGUUGUGCUGUGAUAGAUAUCACAUAACAACUUAUGGUAUUUCCAGUUUUAAUGAAUGGCAUGCUUCAUCAAUUCAUCCAAAUUCAUAUGGUGGUAGUGAUUAUAAGCUAUAUCACAAGGGGCAUUAUGUUGCAGACAUCAGCCUAAGGAUGCCUGGAAUCCAUAAUAUUAUUAAUUCAUUGGCAGUUAUUGCCACAGUGAGUAUUGUAGCCAGCGAUAAAGGAUUUUUUGAUACAAUAACUUCUCUUCGGUCACAUUUGCUCAAUUUUAGAGGCAUUUGUAGACGUUUUGAGAAGGUUGGGACAAUUUGUGGAUGUCACAUUUAUGAUGAUUAUGCUCACCAUCCAACUGAAAUUCGUGCUGUUCUUCAAGCAGCACGUCAAAGGUUUCCAUUUACGGAGCUUUUGGUAAUUUUUGAACCUCACACUUAUAGUCGCAUAGCAGCUCUAAAGAGUGAGUUUGCUGCUGCAUUUAAAGAUGCAGACCAGGUUGUAGUUACAGAGGUUUACGCUGCCAGAGAAACGAGUCAUUGUACAAGUGGAAGGGAUCUUGCUAGAUCUAUAGCUUGUCCAUCAUCUGAAUUUAUACCCUCCAGAGAAACAAGUCAUUGUAUAAGUGGAAGCGAUCUUGCUAGAUCUAUAGUUUGUCCUUCAUCAGAAUUUAUCCCCUCCCUGGAUAGGGUGCUCGAUAAAUUGGUAAGUUUGGUUUGGAAAGAUCCUGAUAGGGAGAUUGUCAUCUUGACUUUGGGAGCAGGAGACAUUACUACACUGGGUCGGAAACUACUCUGCGAGCUACAGCUCAGAAUCACUUAUUGCUCAAUGUUUCAGUAAAAAGAACCUAUGGAACAAGAGCAGUAUUUCCUCAACAAGGUCUCUCAAAAUAUUCAUUUGAAGGAUCGAUGCACAUGGAAUGAUUUUGCCAACAACGGAACGCAUGAUCUCACGCGAACCUUGGGAACAAGUUCUUCACCCGCAAUUUUUGGACAAGGGAAACUGGGACAUCACACCGCUUUCUCCCAGUUCAUUUGCCGAGACUAUUUCAUCACUUUAGAUUGCUGAGGAUGCACCUGCGCACGCAUACAUUUUCAAUCGACGUUAAGAGAGUAACUAGACGGCCAAGGUACUGUCUAGUCAGCUGAUUCUUUCCUAUCUAAUGUCUUUUUUGUUAAUGAAACAAAAAUUGUGGCUUUGAAUAGUGCUGUGUAAAUAUUACGAGCAAACUUACUGAUCUCGUUUGCCAGUUAGUAUGUUUGUACUAUGUAUUAUGUAAGACAACCGCUCUGAAAUCGCUUGUUGGUCGUUAGCUACCCCUGAACCUGCCUUUAUUAGAAGAAUGUUGAUGUUUUUUUUUUUUU